GCAACCGCCAAUAACAAUAAAGAAGAAGAGGAACGGAAGUUAAUAAAAAUAAAAGAAGAAGACGCGUUUACAAGCCUUUCCACUAACAACACGUGAAUAUCAGAGGGUUCAGGGGUCAAGAUGGGUCGGUCCUCUAAAGACAAGAGGGACAUUUAUUACCGCCUAGCCAAAGAGGAGGGCUGGAGAGCGAGGAGCGCCUUCAAACUGCUGCAACUCGACCAAGAGUUCAACCUGUUUACAGGUGUAAACAGAGCAGUGGAUCUCUGUGCAGCCCCCGGCAGCUGGAGUCAGGUUCUCAGUCGGAAACUCAGAGGAUGUGUGGAGACAGGUGAAAAGGGUGAAAACAGUGAAGCAGUGAAGAUUGUGGCAGUGGACCUGCAGGCCAUGGCUCCUCUGCCUGGCGUCACUCAGAUACAGGGAGACAUCACCAAGGUGUCGACAGCUCAGGAAAUAAUCCGCCACUUUGAGGGUCAGCCAGCUGACCUGGUGGUGUGUGAUGGAGCUCCAGAUGUAACUGGACUCCAUGAUGUGGAUGAGUACAUCCAGGCUCAGCUCCUGUUGGCUGCUUUGAACAUCACCACUCAUGUCCUGAAGUCAGGAGGAACGUUUGUGGCCAAGAUCUUCCGAGGUAAAGAUGUAACCCUGCUAUACUCCCAGCUGAAGAUCUUCUUCAGUGGUGUGACCUGCACCAAGCCUCGCAGCAGCAGGAACUCCAGCAUCGAGGCUUUUGUGGUCUGUCAGAAUUACUCUCCUCCCAAAGGCUACAUCCCCAACAUGUCCAACCCUCUGCUGGAUCACUCCUAUGAUGUGGAUUUUAACCAGUUAGAAGGUCCGAACCGUGUCAUUGUUCCCUUCCUGGCAUGUGGUGACCUCAGCGCCUUUGACUCUGACAGAACUUACCCUCUGCAGCUUGAUGCUGGUAAACAGUACCAGUAUACUCCCCCGACUCAGCCGCCCAUACACCCCCCAUACCAGCAGGCCUGCCAUCUUCGCAAAAUGAACCUGCUGUCCAGAGAGGACGCUCCAUCACUCUGUCCCACCCAGAGCCAAGAUGAGCCAGAGCCAAAUUCUGCAUCAACCUGAUCCACGACUGAUGCUGUUGGCGCUUUUUAAAAAGAAACAAACAAUCAAAACACACCUGAAGAGAGCGGGCGAUUUCCAUUAAAAGAACUGUGGUUUCCUGCCUGAUGAGAGAAGAUGGGUAUGAGUUUAAUUUCUAUGAGGCCAGUGAUAUAUCCAUUAGCAAAAACACUGGAGGCUAUCUCGGAUGUGUUUCUAAGCAGAGGAGCAUGUUCUUAUUGGUUGGUCUGAUUUAAUGCAGAAUUCUUUGAAAGAAUUACUGAGGAACUUCAAAAAGUUAUCUUAAGGCAAACAGAAUUUUUUAUUUGAUGAAACUUAUCCACAAUUAUUACACUAUAAUGAAUUAAUUUUUUUAAAGUGAAAUAAAAGCAUGCACCAUGCUCAUAGUUAGUAUUCUUAAUAUUGCAACUGUACUGUAAGUAACCUUUAAACUAAGCUUUAUCGCCAUGCAACAAUAAUGGAUUGUAUUAGUUAUAAGUUUUAAGUCUAUAAUUCUAAUGGCAGAAGGUAUUUUCAACUCAAUGUUUCAUGUUCGUCAUCCUGACAAUAAAGGAACACAUAAGGGAUCAUGUAAUAAACUUAUGUUAAACCAAAAUAUGUUUUAAAGUCUUCAAAAUAGGCACCUUUUGCUUUAAUAACAGCUUUGCACACUCUUGGCAUUCUCUCAAGCAGCUUCAUGAGGUAAUCACUUGAAAUGGUUUCCCAACAGUCUUGAAGGAGUUCCCAGAGGUGCUGAGCACUUGUUUGCUUCUUUGCCUUCACUCUGCGGCCCAACUCAUCCCAAACCAUCUCAGUUGGGUUUAGAUCAGGGGUGCCCAAUACGUCGAUCGCGAUCUACUGGUCGAUCGCAAGAGGAGUGCAGGUAGAUCGCAUGGAACUCCCAGUGAAGUUGGGGAGAAAAUGUAGAUUGCACGGCACCCUACGCAUGUGCAUUUAACCACGCUAGAUUUGCUUUAACCACUUUAACAAGCUGUCGUGUCGCAAAGCUAGCCUCCAGUUUGUUUUAAACAAAACUGAAGAAAGGAAAGGCUAUAAAAAUGAGUUCUGUAGCCGGUCCAAAUAAAUGGUAAAUGGACUAGUUCUUAUAUAGCGCUUUUCUACUCAGUCAGAGCACUCAAAGCGCUUAUACAACACGUUUUUACAUUUACCCAUGCACUCCCAUUCAUAC